AUGAGUGACAGUGAAACCCCUCGUAGACCGUUAAGUAGCGUUCAACGUAGAAAUAUUCUGGACGCGCUUGCAGGAUCCCAUAGCAGAGAAGACGAGGGUCAACAAUAUCCAACUAUAGCCCAACAGAAACAAGCACAGCAGGCGCUGAAUACAAAGCGCAGAAUGGCCCAAAGCUUGGAGAUUUUAUCCGAUCGGCAGGCACUUCUAACCGAGAAGUUGCUGCGAAUGAAUGCUGCGCUGCAAGAAGAAGGUAUCAGCGUUCAUCUGCUUAAGCUUCACGUAGAGACUUUACGCCGGGCAUCAGAUGAGUUCGAAAAAGUGUAUUCCGAAAUGGUCAGCCUUCUGCCGAGGGAACAGCGGAAUGAGCUGCGUGUCGAAUAUUCCAACUUCGAAGAGCUGCAUAACGAAAUCUACGUCAAGCUACAGACGCGGAUUGACCAAGUGCAACAGCUGAAAGUCCAAGAGCUCCAGAAUGUUCCGGUUGCGCCACUCCCACAACAGGCCCAGGUGGCACCGGUGUAUGUGCAGGCUCCAGUUCCUCACCUACAGGCUCCGUUUCCAACCUUUAAUGGGACUCUUGACAACUGGUAUAGCUUCAAAAGCUUGUUCCAGAGUAUCAUGGCCCGGUACAUAAACGAAACUGAUGCCAUGAAGAUCUUGCAUCUUCGAAACUCGCUAACCGGCGAUGCGAAAGAUAAAAUCGACCAGGAAGUUGUUAACAACAGUGAUUAUGCCUCCGCCUGGAAGAUUUUGGAGGAUGCCUAUGAAGACAAACGCCUGAUUAUGGACACCCACAUCGACGCCAUUAUGGAUUGCCCGAAAAUCACAAAGGAUAACCGUGGUAAGUCCCUAUCGAAGCUCGUUGAGGUGUGUGUAAAACAUACAGAUGCAUUGCACGGACAUGGGUUCCCCAUCGAAGGAUUGGCGGAGCUCAUACUAGUCAACAUCCUAUACAAAAAACUGGAUAAGGAGACCCAAGAGCAAUGGGAAACAAAGUUGGGUAGUGGCAAUCUUCCUGAAUUUGAUGAAUUCAUGGAGUUCUUGCGCGAACGCGGACGUGUACUUCAGCGCACUAAUCGGUUACAACAGCCCCCAGUGCAUACGGGAGUAUCAGGUCCAGUGAAGCGACAACCAGUAAAUCAGAAGCUGCACGUGCCAUCUAACUCAUUCGUACAAGUUGCAAAGGAAAUAUGUCCAUGCUGCAAAGCAGAGCACUCGAUUUAUCGUUGUCCGAAAUUCCAAGGUAUGCCCCUACAUGAGCGAAAACAGUUACAUCGCGUCAUCAACUGUCCGUCGGAGCAAGGCUGCAAGGUUAAAGGGUGCGGUCGCAAGCAUCACAGCUUGCUUCACUACAACGAGCCCCGUCGAGAUGCGAAUCCAAGCAAUGAAGAAGAUAACGAAGAGCGUUCAGCGGAAUCGGAGGAGCAAGCACAAAAGAAGACCCCAGAGCCGCGCAGCAAUGCAACCACUCUUUGUGCUAAUGUCCAUGGUGCUAAACAGCAAGUAGUUCUCUCGACGGCACAAGUAUUAGUAGCGGGAAGGGGCAAUACGGCUGUCAAAUGUCGCGCUCUACUGGAUUCCGGAUCCGACAGCAAUAUCAUAACCGAGAAGCUGGCCAGCAAGCUUCAGUUAAAAAUGAUUGCUGUGGAUUUUCCUAUCAGCGGCUUGAACAGCAUGGAAACACGAGUGAAGUACCAGUUAGAAACACGGCUCCAGUCCUGUGUUAAUUCCUUCGCCACGUCACCGUUGGAUUUUCUUGUCGUCCCUCGAGUAACGUCGAGUCUACCGGUUCUAGAGAUAGACACCCGAUACUGGCCAAUUCCAUCCGGACUAAGAUUUGCUGAUCCUCUAUUUUCUUCACCUGGUGAAAUAGACAUGAUCAUCGGAAACGAAUUGUUUUUCGACAUAGUCAAAAACGGCCGAUUGAAGCUCGGCAUCGACAACGUAACGUUAGCGGAAACGGAAUUAGGAUGGGUCGUGGCAGGAUCAGUAUCCAUCAGGAAAGCCCAGUCGUCUCGUCGUGUUUGUCAACUUAAUCGGAAUGAGGAGUUACUCAACCGCACAAUGUCAAGAUUCUGGGAACUGGAAAGUGUACAAAUGGAGACCGCUACAACUGCAGCUGAAUAUUUAGUUGAACAGCAUUUCAAGGACACUCAUUACCGCGAAGAAUCUGGGCGAUAUGUCGUGCGACUACCAUUUAAUGGUAUGGAACAUCAACUAGGUGAUUCCUUUGAAGUGGCCAGAAAGCGGCUAACUAGACUGAUGGUCCAACUUGCUAAGUAUCCAACUAAGCGUGGUGAGUAUUACAAUUUUCUAUCCGAGUAUUUAUCACUGGGUCAUAUGACGGAAGCGGCUGAAUAUUCGGUUGGUCGUGGUUACUUUAUUCCACACCACGCUGUUUAUAAGGCUUCCAGUUCAACGACGAAAACAAGAGUGGUCUUUGAUGCGUCAGCGAAAACCAGUUCAGGCCUCUCGCUCAAUGAAACGCUCUUAGUUGGACCCACGGUGCAAAAUAACAUCGCAACGAUCAUACUCCGAUUCUGCGUCCACCUGGUGGUGUUGACCGCCGAUAUUUCAAAAUGUAUCGACAGUGAAGGGCAUCUGAAGGUAUAUGAGCUGCAAACUGUAACAUAUGGCGUAGCUAGUUCACCAUACCAAGCGACGAAGGUGUUGAUUCAACUGGCCAGUGACGAAGGCGAAGAAUUUUCACUCGGAAGGAAAGUUAUCCAGGAUGACAGUUAUAUCGACGAUUUUUUGACUGGUGGUUCGUCUGUCGAAGAAGUUAUUCGAAUCUUUUCGGAGCUAUCGGAAUUGUUGCGUCGUGGUGGCUUCGAAGUACACAAAUUUUGUUCAAACAGUGUGGAUGUGUUGAAUGCAAUUCCCAAGCAUCUCCAAGAGCAGCAGGUUAGCUUUGACGAAGCCGGCCUCAGCAACAGCAUCAAGACUUUGGGAUUGAUAUGGAACCCCCAGGAUGAUUAUUUCAUUAUUAUUAUUUUAUUAUUAUUAUUUAAUGAUUGCAAUGGGGUGCCAACUAAACGCAAGGUGUUGUCGGAAAUUGGACAACUUUUUGACCCGCUUGGAUUUUUAGGUCCUAUUGUCGUGUAUGCCAAGUUAAUAAUGCAGGACAUUUGGCGAUUGGGUCUUGACUGGGAUCAGGAUCUUCCAGAGGAACUGUUGAGAACAUGGUAUCGAUUUCGGCAACAACUCCCAGUUGUGAAUCAAAUGCGCAAACCUCGUUGUGUAACUCAAGGAGAGGUGACUACUGUAGAGCUUCAUGGUUUCUCGGAUGCCUCGAAGCGGGCCUAUGGAGCUGUCGUUUAUGUACGGAGCAUCACUUCGAGUGGGAAGGUCUAUGUCAACCUGGUGGCCAGCAAAUCACGUGUGGCUCCUCUCAAGCCGAUGACGAUACCACGACUCGAGUUGUGUGGUGCGAAGCUUCUGGCGGAAUUGAUGCAGAAGGUAAUAGCUGCAACAAAGAUGAGUUUUGAUAAUGUGAAACUGUGGUGUGAUUCCCAAAUAGUUCUGUGCUGGCUUAAGAAAUCACCUCUAGCACUAAAUCCGUUCGUAGCUAACCGUGUUGCUGCAAUUUUGGAGAUCACGCAAUCUUAUCAGUGGGGUUACAUACGAUCCGAAGAUAAUCCUGCUGAUGUAAUAUCAAGGGUGAGCUGCCCGAAGAUCUGCUGCAAAACAAUUGUGGUGGUGCGGUGCACAAAUGCUUUGGGAAUGGUGUUGUCAGUUGUGAAGGUGAAACCGACGAUAGUGCUCAACAGACUCAGCAGUUAUAGAAGGAUCCAGAGAGCGUGGGCGUAUAUUCAUCGGUAUAUCGAUUGUAAGGUGUACAAGAAACAGGUGUCUGGUGAUAUUACUGUCGACGAGAUUAUGAGGGCUGAGAAAUCUGUAUUAUUGCUUGUCCAACGCGAAUCUUACGGAGAUGUUUUGAAGUCACUAAAAUCGAACUCCGUUCAGCAACACCCGUACCGAAAUCUGGCACUCUUUGUGGACGACGAUGGGUUAAUACGAGUUGGUGGUCGUUUAAAAUAUUCUUCUAUUCCGUAUGAUGGCAAGCACCAGGUGCUCCUACCACAGAAGCAUCACAUCACCGAAUCCAUUGUUCGUGGGCUGCAUCAAGAACAUUUUCACGUCGGCCAGAACGGGCUUUUAGCAAUCGUUCGUGAACGUUAUUGGCCUGUCCAUGCUAAGCAGUUGAUUAAAAAGGUGGUUACGUCGUGUCAGGUGUGUGCACGCCAGCGUCCCAUACCGGGCAUCUAG